GCGUUAGUAAAUUCGCGCUACCUCACGAGCACGCUUCGAUUCUCGUAUCGCUUGUUUCUCUCUCUCUUUGGGAGAGAGAGAGAGAGUGAGGGGGAGGGAGGGAGGGAGAGAAAGCUUGGGCUCCCUGCGAUAUCGGUACGUUUGUGUCAUGUGAGAAAACGAGCGCAUUCAACACGAUUAAUAAUUUGCACAGAGUAGGAAUUUGAAAUCUGUUGCUUCGAAACUUCUGGCCAAUCCUCGGAGCCGGAAGCGACCAUUUGUUUGCACUUUCGAAGCAGAUACAAGUGUCUUUAACGUCUGGAAUCAGUGAAACGGCAGAAGGGGGAUCGUGGGGGGGAAGAAAUUGAAGAGAAAAUAAUAUUCAGUCGAUCCGUCGGCUCGUACGAGCCACAUUUUAUCCUCGUGAUUCUAAACCCUCGGGGAAUAAAGGAUUAAAAAUCCACUAUGCGUUCCCCGAAAGCUGAAGUCGACACCGACGAAUAUCCUCGAAAACGAAGUGAAUAUCUGGCCAACGGCUAACGAGUAGUCUCGUCCGUUGCAUCCGCUCGGCGGUCUACGUUUUUAUUUUGUCCGACGAAAAAAGGCUCCGAGAUAGAUAUUUGUUUUUCAAUUUUUCCUAGAUAUUUCAAUUCGAAGGAAUAAAGCUGCGGAAAUCGCAUAAACGAGUGUGUGGUAGUUAGAAAAUUCGCUGUGUUCGAAAUAUCAGUAACUUUCGAUGUUCCGCCUGAGAAGGGGGGAAGAAAGUUGGAUCGAUGAGCGAGUCGAGAUAAGACACGAAAAAAGACGGUAAAUAAUAAUAGAAGGAAAGAGAAGAGUUCGGGAGAGAGGCGCCGAGUGGUCGUAAGGGCCAUUGGGAGAUGGGUGAUUGGUCGUGCAUGAAUAUCGAACGAUAUCGUGUUUCAUGUAUAAUCAGGGAUGAUGCUACGAAGAUUGGACGGAACGUCGCGAUGCUCCGUAACGACCGCUGCUGUUUUGCAUCUGGCGAUUUUAAUCGGAUGCUUCUGCAUCGAGUUGAACGAAGCAGCGGCAUCGUCGGCGAGUCCGUCAAAAGAAAACAGUUAUCAUCAGCGUUAUCAGGAACAACUUCACGAGGAAGCGGCGGUCGAGGAGGAGGAGGAGGAGGAGAGCAACGAAGAUCCUAUAAAAGAUUGUCCAAAGGGGUGUCGCUGCAACGGUCAAAGUUUUUAUUGCGAGGAAAGAAGUUUCCUCGGUCUCGGUAUACCAGCACAGGCGAGGGACGUUGUACUGAGGGAUGUGCGAGCUGGGACAUUGCCAAUAGCGAGUCUCGAGUCGUCGAAACGUUUGAGAAGUCUCGCAUGGAUAUCGAGCGGCAUAGAGCGGGUGGAAUCUGGAGCAUUUCGGUCAACGGGCUUUCUCGAAACGUUGAAUUUAGGUGACAAUCGUCUAGUCCAAUUGCCCAAUGACGCCUUGAGCCCGUUACGUCGUUUGAGACGUUUGAAUUUAACGAAUAAUCUUUUAGUUAGUUUGCCAAGUUCCUUGUUCAUCGGUCUCGAUUCGCUCGAGGAAUUAUCGGUCGCUGGCAAUCGUUUGAGCGUAUUGCCCUAUCAAGCAUUCUCAUCUGUUAAAUCGCUCAAUCGUCUCGACCUGUCGAGAAAUUAUUUGGUUUCUCUGCCGGAUCACUCGUUCAAGCCGAAUCGUGAAUUGCUCUCGCUUCGACUCUCGAACAAUCGACUGACCAAGUUACCCGGUCGUUUGUUCGCCGGUUUACUCAAACUCCAGCGGCUCGAGCUCGCGGACAACGCGAUUGACAGUCUGCCACGUGGCUUGUUCGGCGAAUUGGCCAAACUCGAUUACCUCGAUCUCGCUGGUAAUCCAAUAGUUAAUUUGACCAGCGGAGUGUUCAACGGUCUCUCCAAUCUCGGACGGCUCGAUCUUGGACGGACGAAAAUCGCGACGUUGAAUCGGGACCUGUGGAGACCGAUCGUCGGCACCCUGAGGGUUCUCAAUCUCGAAAACACGAGAAUCGAGACACUCGGUAACGACGCGCUUUGGGGUUUAUUCCACUUGGAGACUCUCGUCAUAAGGGAAACUCCGUUGCGAGGGAUCGGCGCCCGGACGCUCGACGAAACUCCUCACCUCAAUAAUCUCGAUCUUCGCAACAACGAUCUUGCCUUUCUACCGGGAAACUUGGCUCAUCUGACCCAACUGACGCAAUUACAAUUGCAGGGCAAUCCGUGGGCGUGCGAUUGUCGAAUGUUUUGGUUCGUCAAAUGGGCCGAGAGCCAUGCUCACCGAACAGCCUUUGACAGUGGCUUGAAAUGUGCUCACGAGACCGCGACCGUCGACACUCUCCAGGCCCUCAGAUACUUAAACUGUACAGCACCCUCUCUGACCUACAUCUCGGGUGAAUCCAAGUUACAUCCGUUACUGGGAGAUGUUUUACUCGAGUGCGAAUUCAACGGUAAUCCAGCCCCGUCGUUGACGUGGGUCACACCGUCUCUCCAGAUAUUCCAUUGGAACCCGGACCCAUCCUUUCCCGACAUAUUUCACGAUCAUCCGGAAGUCCACGCGAGCCACGCGAAAUCACCGGCCGGCUCCGCGAGCCCCCCGGAGCAGCAUAAUCGUGGCUCACAGCAGUUCAACAGAAUUCGUUUAUUACAAGAAAACGGCUCGUUGCUCAUCACCGGCUUGAGGAGAGAGGACGUUGGACGUUACAAGUGUUUCGCGAUAAACCCGAUCGACAACGCGACGACCGAUAUCUACCUCAGAAUGGACCCGAUCACUUAUCAACGCAUCAAACUGUACAGCCUCGCGGUCGGAGCUGCAAGCGCAACGGGAUUUCUUCUCCUCACGCUUUUCGUACAAUUUCUUCGUUACCUGAUCGGCAAGUGCGGCUGUGGCAGAUGGUGUUUAUGCUGCAGACGGGUCGGGGUUACGCCACGUGCCAAGCAGAUCUAUCAGAUGUUGGACAACAUCGAAAGCUACAAGAGCCAACAGCUCGAACGUCUUCGAGAAAAUUAUACACAGCAGGUACACAGGAUCAAGGACAACUGCGCUGAACAAGUCGAAUGGAUACGGGACAGCUACGAGGGACAAAUGAGGCACAUCAGAGACAUACGAGAUUACGGAACUAAUCAUCUGACUUCUCUCAGAGAUCAAUACUACGAUCAGGUGAAAAGAGUACGAGACUAUUCGACGUCGCAGUUGAAUUGGGUACGUGAGAAUUACGUCUUCCAGCGAAACAAGAUACGUAAAUUCAGCGCUCAUCAGGUUCUACGUUUGCGCGAGAGCUACAAGUAUCAACAACAGACUCUGAACAAAGUAUUGGAGAAUUUGCCAAAUUUGUAUUUCGACAAUUGCCGAAGUGGUUCCUGCGGCAAGAGCGAUUCGGCGGUAUUCGAUCCGAAGGAUUUGAGCUCCGCCGGUUUGGACACGUACUUCAAGGCGACCUUCAGCGGGCUCAACGGGUGUACCAACAGCAUGGAGGACUUGAACAGCGAGUAUUACACGCCCACGGAUUUCUCCGGCACGAGUCCUCACGCUGUUGGAUUCAUCGAUGGUAUUCACAUCAAUUACAUCGAGGAUGGUCCCCCGCCUCCGCUCGAUCCUCCGCUGGGACCGGACUGUGCAGUGCUUCGAAGAAUUCGAGAGUCUCGGAGUAGCUCGACGAUCGGGAAGAGCUUCGAGUCGAUAGGACCCGUUUAUCGGGGAGUAAGCGCAGAAAUCGUCGCGGGGGAGGGUCCGUCGAGGACUCCGGAAGUUCUCGGUCUUUUGGGACCGAGCACCAGCUUGCCGGAUCUCCCUCACGAAACCCGGCUCUAAUUGGCCUAAUGUUGACAGAGGCUUUUCUUUCGAUGCUUCUCGUCGACGGUGUCCGCUGGGACUGAGGAAUAUUCCGAGUGAACGUACUACCGGUCCUUCAUUCUCGACUUUGUAUACGAAUAACGUGACUGGUGAAUGGUGAAGUAGAAAAGAUUGAGAAGAAAGAGAAGAUAAUAAAUUGAUGAACCGAGUGUUUGUUCACGGUAAACGCGCGACGAUCCUCGACUUUCGAAAAAGCUGAGAACGUGUGUUUUGUUUGUCGGGCACCCUCGUCGUUCACGAGGCCCGAGGCCCGAGUUUGUACCUGAUUCGGGGCUUAUUUAACGCGUGUGCUGGAUCCAGGAUUAUCGCGGCAACGAGUCCGUAUCAUGAUGAGGUAAAGAGAGCAGAAUAAUGAAAAUAACAAAUAGGAAUAGGAGAGAAAAUAAUGUGUGGAGCGAACCGACAGUGGGCUGGACUGAAUAAAACACAGACUUUUUUAGGAGAUGAAUUUUAAACGAAGAACGAUUGAGAUUCGGUGUGCGUGUGCCUGAGUGUGCGGAUGUGUGAGUGAGUACGCGCGUGUCGCCUGUCGCAGCUCGCGUCUUCCAACAACUCGAAUAAUCACGUGAGAAUUAUUUCUCCUUUUGAUGUUUUUUUUUUCUUUCUUUUUGUUCAUCGCAAACUCUUCGCUGAAUGCAACGAGAUUGUGUGCUGGAAUUUUAGCCCGGAGACUGAUCGGAGCUUGAACUAUGUUGACCGGGAAAAUAGUAGAUAUAUUCCAAGUUUCGAUGAUGAAACUAAUGGACGUUUGUAUCGGAACGUAAGGGACCGUAAAAUCACGUUUCAAAGGGGCUAGAGUUUGUCAUGCCUAGGCGUCAAUUGAAACAAGGUCAAAGAUUCCUAAUUAAUUACACACGUAAAUAAGAGACUGUGUGGGAGCACUGAAAUGUAUCGAUCGUACAUCCGGACUCCCGAGGUACGAGGAGCCUCGCCUUCUCCAUUCUCAUAAAACAUCUUUCUCUGUAUAAUUCCAUUGAUGUUCAUCUUAUUUUUCAUACACGUUUCUACGAAUCGCGGUCACUCUCGACUCGAAGCUUAUCUUCCACUGAAAAUACGCUCCAAACUUUGAUUUUCGGUGCUCGAGUGUUCCUCGUAUCUCUGUUAGACCAUAAGCUGUUUCAAGCCACGGGGAAAAACGUUAUAAAAUUGAAAUUUUGAUGAAUCGACUAGGGGACAAUGAGCGGAAGGAUACAAGAGAAUCGAACCUGUUGUUGCAUGGCGUAUGUUUUGGAGCGUGUUCGUCGGUUGACUCGUCAUUAAAAAGACUACAAACAUAACGACGUAAAUCCUUUCAUUGACACUCUCAACCUCGCCUUGCUAAUUUCAGUAGAUUUUUUAAAAUCGAGGUCGAGAGAGUAUGCGAAAAGACGAAAGACGAGAGAGAAUGGAAAAGAUUAUUCAGAGAUGAGGUUAAUAUAAUUUUAGAGUAAACGAAGCAGACUCAUACGCUUACGCGGUGACGCGACUUAAAGCAAGUUUUAAGGUAGUGAGAAAAAUUCUGUGAUCUCUUGGGCGCGUCGCAUCGUGAUUUAAAUUGGAACGACUAGUCUCGCGUGAAACGGCGAGUAUCGAAACACAGAAUUGGAGAAACGAGUCUUGUACAGAAAAUAAUUUUUGAAUGUUUAUUGUUUUUUUUUUCUGUUAAAUGAGGUGCAACUCGAUAAACUCGGAAUGGAAAACGAAAAUGGUCUCAUUGUUGAAAAAACAAAGUUCAGUCUACUGAGCCUGGUUUUAACGCGCAAUUUGAUUGUAGGAUUUUAUAGUUUCGUGAUUGAGGUAAAAGCGGGGGGAUAAAUAAAAAAGUAAAUGCUCAAACGCUCGAAACCUCUCGAGUUUGGGUGGAUUCGAUGCGACUAGCUCAGCAACGGAUGACUGUACAGAAAAUGGUGCAAUUUAGUGAUCGAUCGGGCGCGUGCCUUGUACGGAGUCGAACGUACGCAAUAAAUGGAAAGGGAUCGCGUCAAAAAAUUCUUCUAAAUUGUUUUUAACUUUCUUCUAUUUUCCAUGAAGAACAAAAACAAACAAAAUGUUGACAGCGACUCAUCGUUGAAUGACGCUUUACGAGAGGAGAAAAAUCUUAACUGCUAAAUAUGAGAACAUCCAAUCAGUACUUUUCAGAAACGUAGCAACGAUUUUACGUUUUCUCUUUUUUUUUGUCCAAGCUCAACUGUGUUAAAGUUUUAAUUGAUCUAAUUCUUCUAUCUGUACAUACAAAUUUUUCAAUUAAACUAGUUCUCUUCGAAUUCACGUCGUUGAAAUACAAUUGAAGAAUCCUGACUUUUUUAUCAUUUCAAAUUGUGUAGGUUUCUUAAGGAGAUUUCGAAAGAAAAAUUUUACUGAUUCGUUUCAUGCAGUUUCAAAAUAAUUCAAACGAUACGAGAACACGCAAGUGCGUUGGAUUUCAACGAUGUCAGCAAAAAUAUGACACUCGUUGACAGGAGUUCGCUUCGAAUUGAACAGACUGCAAAAAUAACUCGAUCCUUGGCUCUGUAAAAUGAAAUUUUGGGAAACAACCCAUACGAAAUUGUUCUUUUUAUUCUCAAUGCAGAAGAACUCUGUAUCGUCACUUGUUGCGAUUACGGUCUAUUCCUGAUAAAAUAUUAUACACGUACGUAUAUACGUAACCACAGGCUGACCCAGCUCGGAUGCUCGAUACCGCAACUCCCAAAGGCUACACCGAAUUUCGUAUCGAAACGUUAGAAACAUUGUUUUCCUCGACGAACCCCCCCCCUCGUUGGAGACAGUGCCAUCAUACAUAGGGCCGAUUUUCUAAAGCGUCAAAUUUUCCUGGGAAAAGUCCUCGACAGUUUUUUUGCCAUCUUUCGCAGUUCAGUCUCUUAAGCAGUCGAAAAUCGACCUCAGUAUUUUCCAAAUCUUGAGGAAACCUUUCGAACUACUGUGAGGACUGAAAUACGAAAAAUAAAAAAUAUAGUCCACAGGGACUGAUUCAUAGGAAAAUGUGUACUCUACGAGAUUGGUCCUAUGUAUUUUUGCUCCAUUUUUCAUUCAGCUUUGGCAGCGUAAACGAUAAAAGACCGGAGGCAGUCCGAUGGAAAAAUUCAACUAUAGAGUCCAAGUCGACCGGAAAUUCGGUUUAGAAGUAGAGUUUAUUGGGAACUCUACCUGGGGGAAGCUGGUUGUGUGUAUGUAUACGUAUAUAUAUAUAUAUAUAUAUAUACAAAAACGUAUUUAUUUUGAUAACCGAUGAAAACGAAUGGAAUGAAAGUAGUUCGUGUAUCCAGAGUAACAUGAACUAACAAUAUUAUUGAGCAGUUUUCUCAAUGGAUUUUUAAAUUGCGCGUGUGUUCAACGUGAUGCACGACUUUGUGUUCUUCGAAUUCGAGUUUAAUACAAGAGUGCAGAAUUAAUAAAUUCGCCAUGAGUACAAGCAGCUGGUGACUUUCGAAAGAAUAAAAAGAAACUCUCGGACGUGUGUUUAGUCGAGGGAAUCCUCCGGAUAUUAAUAGAAGGCUGAGAGUACCGUGGCCAUGGGGGUAUACGUAAGUCGGCUCUAAACAACACUGUGUAUUCGCAAAAAUUGCAUUUACACUUUGUAAGAAAUGUGAAGGAUGAAAUAUUGAUGUGCGUAUGACCGAUCGUCGCUGCACACGCAGCUUUCCAAAGGAAAUGCUUUUGCAGCAUCUCGUUGCUCGCGACUAGAGCUUCCGUACUAAAAAUAAUGUUAAGAGUGGGAAAAUAAGAUUCGCACGAGACCGGACGAAGCUGAAUGCUCGUGGGAUUUAUUAUUUGAGAAAUUCUCAACGUAAGACUAAUCAAAAUCUAUGUUGCAACAGGCUCGAAUGAACUUCGCUUCCGGAAUGCCAAAGUCGUGCAUCUGACUGUGCGAAAAUUUAGUUUAUUUUUUAUCCCCUCUAUAUUUUCGUAAAAGUAAGAGACCAAAAGAUUUGAAAGGAAAUGUGAACAAAAUCAUUCGUCCAAAUAUCAAUGAACGAUGCACGAAUGAAUUCUUCCGAGCGUUAUGUAAAACGAAUAAAUUGAGUUUUCAAAAGUC